AUGCAAGGUAAGGUGGCCACUGUUUGCCGAACGGCUCAGAGCGUGUGUGUAAGAUUCGCUCCGAAAAGUGCAGAUGUCGACCACACGUCACGGGGUCCGCGUGUGACACAUAAGCUUCUCGGCUCGGAAAGAAGCGUAUGUAACAUACGCUCCGAACAGUGCAAAUCUCGACCACACGUCACGGGGCGCGCGUGCAGCGUAUGCUGAGAAGGCUACUGGGGUCUCCGUGAGGGCGGAUGUCGGCCGUGCCAAUGCGGCGCGGGCGCCGCCGCGUGCGAUCCUGUCACCGGGCAGUGUGCGUGCGCGCAGGGCGUUGGGGGCGACUCGUGCGAUAGAUGUCUUAGAGGAUACUAUGGGUUCGGAUCCAAUGGAUGUCUACCCUGCCCUCCUUGUUCUGACGGCAAGGUCUGUUCGCCCGAAAACGGGCGCUGCGUCUGUCCACCCCGAUCCAGAGGUCCCGGGUGUAAGCAAUGCGCUCCUGGUUUCUGGGCCAGGCCUGCUGGAUGCAAACGAUGCAGCUGCGGACCCGGGGCUACAUCUGACACCUGCGACCCUCUCACCGGGCAAUGCAAGUGCCGCGCCGGCUGGUCCGGGGCUUUCUGCGGCGUGUGUGCACUUGGCCACUUCGGGCCAAGAUGCAAGCCCUGCCACUGCCAUCCAGACGGGAGCGCGCAAUGCGAGAACGGAAUGUGCGGGUGUGAUGAUAACGGGCAGUGUUACUGUAAGGCUAACGUAGUGGGUAAGAAUUGCGACCAAUGCCGUCCGGGUACAUUCGGACUAUCUGCUACGCCAACUGGCUGCACAGAGUGCUUCUGCUUCGGACGAAGCGCGCACUGCACACAGGCUGGUCUCACUCGCGCAGCUCUGCAUGCGGCCGCACCAGCUCACCUUACGUUGCUUCAGGGUGACAGUAUUAAGUCAGUAGACCAAGACUCUCUAAUAGCCAUCCACACGCACUCCCUAGACUCGACGAUCACCCUCCCCUGGCCCCCAGUCCCCGUCUACAUGGAGCUGGACAAGCGGUUCCUGGGGGACCGGGUGACGUCAUACGGUGGCUUCCUCAGGUUCAGGGUCGAGGAGGAGGGCGGGGAGGGCCUGGAUGAGGACACGCUGAGGAGGUUUCCACUCGUCAGGGUGUAUGGGAGGGAUAUAGUGCUGGAUUAUUAUGAGCGCACUCCACCAAUAAACAACACACACGGCAUCCGUCUCCACGAAUCACUGUGGCGGGUGCGCGCACGCAACGACUUACAAGCAACCCGCGCUGCCCUCAUGCUGGGCCUGAGGAAGGUCGAACGAAUACUUGUUAGAGUCACCACUAGGGCGCCUAAGCACGAUGACAAUGUCCAUGCUUUACUCCUCAACGUGUCUCUAGAUACUGCGAUCCCCGGCUUCAGCCGCUCCGAGCCCGCGCUAGGCGUAGAACUCUGCUCUUGUCCUACCGGCUACUCAGCGCCAUCUUGCCAUGAGCCCGCCAUCGGCUUCUGGAUGCCUCCUGUUAAAGUGCACCUGGAUAGCGUUGCUGGGACCAUUGUUAUACGAUUGGAAGGAGAUGCGAAGCCUUGCGACUGCAAUGGACGAGCAGUUAGCUGUGAUUCUGAGACAGGAUAUUGUGUGAACUGUACUCACGGAACCGGCGGCCCGCGCUGCGACCGCUGCGCCGAGGGUCACCACGGAGCCCCGGGCGCCGCCGGCGGCUGCCAGGCUUGCCCCUGCCCCUCCAGGGCCAGGAACUUUGCGUCUGCCUGCGCCAUGCAGGGGGGAAGGCUGCAGUGCUUGUGCAAACCUGGCUACGCCGGUACUGACUGCGAGCUAUGCGCCGCCUCCUACUACCGCUUACCCGACGGCGCCUGCGCGCCCUGCGCGUGCGACGUCGCCGGCUCGCUGUCUCCCCAGUGUGACGGCCGCGGACGGUGUCGGUGUCGCGAUUUCGCGACAGGCGAUAAGUGUGAUAGGUGCAGAGGAUUAAGGCUAUGGAUGGAUGGAGGCGGUUGUAGACCUUGCGACGACUGCACAACCACCCUCCUCGACUCAAUUGACCACCUCGCCUCCUCGCUCCGCAGCGCCGACCUCACCGAGCUAAGCCGCAUACCUCAACCGUACCCCGCCGUCCGCGAGUACUCACACAACACCUCACUACUCCGCAACGCUUUGUACCAAUUCGUUAAUACCCUCGAUCAUUCUAGGAACUUAGAGAAGGAUGUUAGCAACUUGGAAGCUUCUGAGCAUAGGAUUUUUACUGAUUUACACGCUUUAAAAGAAGAUGUGUCAACAAAAGAGGAAUCUGCGAAAUCUUUAAGCUUAGAAAGCAUGAGUGGUUUAGAAGAAGUUUUAAAGCAAAGACAGAAAUUGGGAGAACAGGUAGCGGUUUUGGAUGACUUUGCGAGGGGAGAGAGGCAUUUAGGAGCGCAUAGAGCGAUUAAGGAGGCGAGGCAUUUGCUGAGGAAUAUUAAGGAUGUGAGACUGAAUGAUUAUAUUUCUGGAGCUAACGAUGUUUAUGAUGCGGCGAACGUGCAAUCUACCGCAGUACAAGAACUAAACUACAGCAUAGACGAUGCUUAUGCGCGUCUUCGUGGUCUCCAAACCGCUUUCGAAGCCUGGCACGAGAAGGCUGAAGACUUACCACGACUCGCUGAUGCCGUUUGGAUGGCAGGAGACAAGGUGGCGGCCAUGGAGAAAGAUGUUAGGCCCAGAAUGGCGGCCGCUAGGGACACUGGGCUGCGAUGCAGACUUAUUCUAGAGGACGUGCUAUCUCUCUCCAACCACACAUUCGUCGAAGACACCGGCUCUGCUCUACUCCGCGCACGCUCUCUUCUUCUCUCUCUGCCCACCUUAGCUGCAGAGUUGGACUCGCUCACUCCCGCAGCGGAGGAGAAGGAAGGCAUUCUGUACAAUUUGACGCCAGCGUAUAAGCAGAAGUAUUUGGACGCGGUGGAGAGGCAUGUGAAUCAGCUUGGAGCUAAAGCGAGGGAGUACAAGAGCCUAUUCGCUGGCACCCGCGCCCUGGCGUCGGCGGGCGUGACGGCGGCGCGCGCGUGGGCCGCGGUGGCCGCCGCCGUGCGCGCCGCCGCCGCGCACGCGCUCGGCGCCGCCCACACCGCGGCCAGCGCCGCCAAGAUGGCGCCCAUGAUGGGCUCGGCGGACCAGGCCAAGCAGGCGUCGAGCGAUCAGAAGACGAGGGCUGCUGACGUGCUGAGUAAAGCUGAAGAGCUCCGUCGUCAACUGGACCAUUUGAGAAGAGGAGCUGAUUUAGUAAGCGUAGUGCUACGUGGACUUGGCUGGCAAGAGCGGGACCUUGGAGCGAGGCCUAGCGCCCGUGUCGCACAGACUAUUGCGGCAGCUAACGAGCAAGCGGACAGAGUAUUCGCAACGACAAGAGUCCUCUACGACGAGGCAAGCGAGAUCCGACGCCGAGUACGAUAUAAUCUCAGACGACAGCUCACUGAACUGCAAAGACAUGGGGAUACCGCACUUGGAGCAGCACAGGAACAUGUAUCCCAGAUUCGCGGAAACAUGCUUCGUGGAAGCGAAGCAGCAGAAGCCCUAGCAGCAGCCGCAGCGGCGCGAGCGAAAGAGCACGAGAGAGCCGCCGGUCUUGUGAGACCUAGACUGCAGGAGUUACAGGACAAGAUAGCUAGAGCCAAACAUGCUGCGGAUUCGAUCACAGUAUCAGUGACAUCCUUUCCCGGCGGCAUUGGCUGCUCGCGCGCCUUUGCAGCACCAGCGACGUCUCCUGCUGUCUCACGCGUGUCUAUAGCCGUCUCUUUCGACGGCGCCGUACGUGAUGGGCCGCUACUACAGAUGACAGAUGAGAGCAAGGACACCCCAAGCUACAUGAGGCUCUCAGUGCAGAAACAGAAAUUCCAGCUCACCUGGGACUUGGGCGAUGGAGAGGGUAUCGUCACACACCCGGAGGUCUUAGAGCAUAUACACGAUGAUGCAGACCAUAACACUUAUACGGUGGAUAUUGAGAGGGUAUGGAACACCGUCCGCCUAACAGUUGAGCGUGCCGGCAAACCCUCCACCACCGUCUCCAAUUCGACCCUUGGUUCGUCAGUCUCUCUCCACGCUACUCGCCUGUGGCUGGGCGGGGGCGGGGGCGGGGGCGGGGGCGGGGGGCUGCCGGGCUGCGUGCACGCGCUGUACUGCGACGAGAGGCGGGUGGGGCUGUGGAACUUUGUAGAACAGCGUAAAGACGCACAAUGCACGGGGUGUACGCAAAGAUGGUACAACCCAGCCCGCGGCAGCGAGCCCUCCCUAGCGUGGUUCAACGGCGAAGGUUACGCCGAGCUCAAACGCUCUGGCUUUCGACCUUCGGAUCGACGGUAUUUCAGCGUGGCUUUCACUGUGAGGACACGGGAUCAAGAUGCUUUAUUGUUUAUGGCGGUCGACGUUGCCAACAACCGCUCCAUCUCCGUCCGCAUGUCAUCCUGCCGUGUCGUCUUCAUAGUACAAUACUCCGACGCCCGGCUGGAAAUUGCAGCCCGCGGCCGCCAUUGCCACGGCCGGGCCGUUCACGUGCAAGCUGCGAGAGUCUUCGCUAGCAAUAAGCUGGAGAAAGGCAGCCUGCGUGUGAACGGGGAGGAGACGCUGGGGUCGCCGGCGCCGCCCGUGCAGGCCGCGGCCGCGCUGCCGGACCUGGGCGCCGCCGCCUACUGGCUGGGCGGCGCGCCGCCCGGCCGCCGCCCGCCCGCGCCGCCGCUGCUGGGCUGUCUGGGGGCGCUGUCCGUGGACAGGGAGGGCUACGAUGUGCUGGACACGCCUACGAGAAAUGGCGUGGAAGCAAGGUGUAUGGAUAGAACCCUUCGCACGGCGACAUUAGAAGGCUCCGGCUACGUGGAGCUCCCGUCCCCCAUCCUCCGCCGCAAGGCAGCCCUAGGGCUCACGUUCCGCGCGCGCGGCGACGGCCUGCUGCUGUACAGGGCUCCGUCCACGCUCAGCGAGAACGAGGUGGAUGACGAGGAUGGCGACGACAAGCAUUACCUCAGGCUCGUGCUGGUUGACGGUGAGUUGGAGCUGACCGCAGCGGCAGGCAAAGCAGAGCUACAACUGCGCACGAACGGGACGCGUUUCGACGACGAUAAUAGACACUCCGUCAGAAUCGUGAGGGCUCAUAAACAGCUUGAGCUAUGGGUAGACGAAGAUCGCCUGGCAAUGGGAACGCUAGCUGGCAACGCGUUGCCAGCUCGCAACAAGGGCUUGUACAUCGGAGGCAUGCCAGCGACGCAAGAUGGUCCAACGUAUAAGGGCUUCAGUGGAACUGUUGCAGAUCUGAUCGUGGACUCCAGUGUAAUCGGGUUCGAGACAGCGGUGAACUGGAGCGCGGCCACGCUGGGCCGGCGCCCGCCGCCGCGCGCCGCGCGCCGCGCCGAGCCGCGCGCGCUGCAGGCGCCGCCCGCCCGGAGCGCCGACUGCACCAAGACGGCAUCCUACACGGUAGAAGCCGGGGCAGUGAAGUUUGGCGACUCGCCCGGCAGCCAUGCGACAUUGCGACUACCACCUAGAGUGAAAGAGCUCACGUUGUCGCUAAACUUCAGAACGUUUGCUCCUGACGGUCUUCUGCUACUAGCGCCGGGUACGAAAACGAAACCGAAGCACUAUAUGGCACUAUUAGUGCGCGAGAGCAAACUGCGAUUGUACGUGCGCGGGCGACGGCGGAAGGAACUCUCUCUAGCCGCUUCUGUGUCUGAUGGAGAAUGGCGUGAGGUAAAUAUUGUAGUUUUUAUAAGGCCUAUACUCCACCAAUUUACAUAUCUAAUACAGUUAAUGUUGGGAGCCCUAUUCCAUUGUACGUUAUCACGAGGAGGACGAUGUGUAAUCUCCUCAUACUAUUGUGUUUUCCGGUUGCCUCAUUUCUUAUUAUUCCCUUGCCCAGGCCCAGUAACAUGCGACAGUGCUAUCUCAUUUACUCCGAUACAAAUAGACAGUGUGCGCGCUUUAGGUAUUGACAGCCUCUUAAGUUGUUAUUUACAUUGUCAGGUGACAGUCCGCAUCUCCCGUAAUCGCGUGGUGCUGUCGAGCGGCGGCGCGGCCAGCGCGGCGCACGCGCCGGCCGCCGCGCGCGCGCCGCGCCUGUACGCGGGCGGCCUGCCGCAGCCGCUCGACAACAUACCCAACUCGAUUCUCCGAGUAGGCGGAUUUCUGGGUUGCAUCCGACGUGUGGUUGUGAACGACCGUGCCGAGGACCUGGUGCGGAACGCCGCUGCUCACCAUAGAGUAGGACAGUGCUUUCCCAAUGUUGAAAGAGGCGCUUACUUUGGAGGUGACGGGUACGCAUUGUGGUCAAGCGCGUGGCGGCCGGGCGAGAGCGGCGCGGAGGCGGCCGAGAUGCGGCUGCGGUUCCGUAGCGCUGAGCCGGCCGGGCUGCUGCUCGCCGCCACUAACCUCGUGCUCGAGCUGAAAGAUGGCGCUGUAAUCCUAACCCGAACCGGCACAACCACUUCGCGAGCCGAAACCCGCGGGCCGGGCAACAGGGCGCUGUGCGACAACGCGUGGCACUCGGUCCUCGCCCGUGUGUCGCGCGCGCACGUGUCGUUGUCGCUCGACGGCGGCCCGGAGGUACGGGACGGGGACGCCACGCUGGUGGAUGAGGAGAGCGCGCCGGCUGCGCCGUUGUAUGUGGGAGGGUUGCCAGAAGGCUCCACAGACGGCGUGGACGCUCAAAACUUCAAAGGCUGCAUAGACGACGUCAGCAUCGGCGGCCAGAGGCGCAAGUGGAAAGACAUGGAGACACUACAUAAUGUACUGUUAGAUUCUUGUCCCGUUACGCAGUGAACCUUAAUGUGGAGGGAUAAAGUUCGGAUUCGUUCAACUAAAAAUUAGAAGCACUGCACAGUCGCCAUCAGAAAUAUCUAAACGGCUGAGGUGCUCAAAAAUACCUAAACACGCGCUCUAACGCCUUGACAAUAGAGGCGUGUUCAGAUGUUUGUGCGCGCCUCGGCCGCUCGGAUAUAUCUGAUGGCGACUGUACAACACGCUUGAUUCUUGCCCCGUUACGCAAUGAACCUUGAUGUGGAAGGUUCGGUGUUAUUUGAGCAUGAACUGGCUCUAAAAACAAACUUAAUGCUUAUAAAUAAGGUUGAUUUUUAUCUGUGGUUUAUACAUGUAGGCAUUAAACCAUGUGUCUUCUGCUCUGUUACAAAGUGAACUUUAGUGUGGAAGGAAUAAGGAUCAAAUUCGUUCUAUCAAAAUGUAGCCCUGCAGAAAAGGUUGAUUUUCGCCUAACCUGACAUAGAUACAAUGAGUACUCGUCACAAAACAAGAGAGGCAAAUAUGUUUCAAGUGCGAGUGGGACUGGGAUAGAAAUAGCCGAGUACGUUAUACUUUUGGUUUUACUGUACUUGUAUGUAAGGCUGACUCUUGCCUGUAGUUUAAAUGUGAAAACAUUAUACAUCGUGCUGUGAGUGUUGCCCAAUAUACAGUGUGUGGGCUUGUUUACUGAAGAAAUGUGCCUUACUAAAUAUACUAUACCUGACGCGUCGAAUGAUGAUCUCUAACACAGUUCUACCAUGUCAUUUUUGGAUAGGCUUGAUCUAAAAAAGAAUUAAAGUAUAUGUUUUUACCGUAUUUUAAACCCUUAACCCUUUGAACGCUUUAAGUCAUAAACACAAAUAUCCCGGGCCAAGGUCCCGAGCGCAAGGGAGCUAAUCGAAAGCGUAAAGGUUACUUUGACAGCGUCCGCCAUAACACCUAUAGUUGUCCUUGGCGCUGUGGGCACGACUAAUAGCGACGCCAUUAGAUGUUGGCGAUCAAAAGGUUAAGUAAAUAUUACUUAACUGACAUGGGAUCGGAUCAUCAUUGGAAACGCGAGAUGUAUGAAAUGUGCCAUAAGUUACAGUACUUUAACAAAUGAUAAAAUUAGCGUCGGAAAGCCUAGCUAUAAGACUAGUAUGAUUUCUUGUUUUAGAGGAUAUUUAAGAACAAAAUGCCAUAUUUUUAUACCUGUUAAAUAUAGCUCAAUAAAGUAUGAUAUGGACACUACAGAGGGCGUUUUGGGUGAAGGAUUCCAUUGACGGGUGGAUGUCUACAUAUGUGUAGUCUAUUUUCUUUCCUGCUGUGUCAUUAUCAUUAUUUUAGCUUCCAGUCGCCCACUGCUGAGCUAGGCAACUUUUCGUGUACGCCACUUAUCCCGGUCCUGGGCUAGUCUCAUCCAGAAGUACCCUGCGUUUUUUCGAAUGUCAUCUACCCAAAGAGCCAACUGGGGCCAGGCGCUUCUUUCAUCCGAAAGCGGCCACACAUCUGUACUGUGCUCUAUAUAUGACACGCACACUCACAUGUACCCUAUACACGGUGCCCGCGAGGAAACGGAAUUAUUUUAACAGUAUAUUCCGGAUCGUAUUUAGAAACAAAAAUGUAAUAUAAACUUUUUUUUUAUUCGCCUACUUUCAGAGUUAAUACUAAGUAAUUAAAAAAAAAAAGUUUUUAUAAAUUGUGUUUCAGUG